CGGUUCUUCUAUGGAUUGACAAACUGGAAACGGAAAUUCCAAUCAUACGAAGUCAAUAUUUCAGAAGAGAUUUUUCAAUUUCUUGAAUUUUUUGUUAGGGUUUUUGGCCAAUUCAGUAAUGGCAAAAGGAAAGCUCUAUAGAGGACAAGCUAUGAAAUGGUCGACAAUGAUGCUGGUUCUGUCAAUGCUGUUUAUGCUAUCGUUCGUUCUUUUGGUGCUUCUUGGCCUUGGAAUCUUUUCGCUUCCGGUGGCCAACGACGACUAUUCGUCCCCUAAUGAUCUAACUUCUUAUAGGCGCAUGGCCGGUGAAAGAGCUGGUGGUGGGUUGGAGGAGAAAAGGGAACAGUGGACCGAAAUUCUUUCUUGGGAACCUAGAGCUUUCCUUUAUCACAAUUUCUUGUCCAAAGAAGAAUGUGAGUAUCUAAUAACUCUCGCCAAACCUCAUAUGAAAAAGUCUACUGUGGUUGAUCACAAAACAGGCGGGAGUAAAGAUAGCAGGGUCCGUACAAGUACUGGUAUGUUUCUUACUAGAGGACGAGAUACAGUAAUCAAAGCUAUAGAAAAAAGAAUUGCAGACUUCACUUUUAUUCCAGCAGAAAAUGGAGAAGGACUUCAGAUUCUCCACUAUGAAGUUGGACAGAAGUAUGAACCGCACUAUGAUUACUUUGUGGAUGAGUUCAACACUAAGCAUGGGGGCCAACGGACUGCGACUCUUCUUAUGUAUUUGUCGGAUAUUGAUGAAGGAGGUGAGACUGUAUUUCCUGUUGGCAAGGCAUUUCAUAAUUCUGUUCCUUCAUGGAAUCAGUCCGAAUGUGCCAAAAAGGGUCUAUCUGUAAAGCCAAAAACGGGUAAUGCUUUGCUUUUCUGGAGCACAAGGCCUGAUGCCACAGUCGAUCCUUCAAGUUUGCAUGGUAGUUGCCCAGUAAUUAAAGGGAACAAGUGGUCAGCUACAAAGUGGAUGCAUCUUCGCGAGUACUAGGCCGGAGCCAUUUACAGUUGAGAAUAGGAAGUUUACAAUAAGAGUUAGUUCCUAUGAUUACAGAAGAAUGAACUUUGCAAUUACAGAUUCUUUAGGAUAUGGAAAGAAGGGAUAUAAUUGGGGGUUGCAGGUGAUGCGACAACAUCAUAUUGUAAAGAUAGAAUAAUUUUCUAAAAUGCAAAAGAGAUUACUGCUCGA